AUGGCAGUUCAUCCAUUUUCACAUACCGCAGCGCUCAUCUUCUAUCGAUCGAAGAAGUUUGUUUUAAAAUUAAACAGAAAGUAUAAUUCUGGCAGUAGUAAUAAUAAUAAUAGUAGUUGUGGUAAAGUCAACAAGAAUAAUCAACAGGAUUAUGAUCCUGAUUACCUUUAUAAACGGGGUGAAGCAUACCUGUUUGGGAGAGCUGGAGAGCAAGGAAAUGAAAAGAAAGCAUUUGAAUAUUUUCAACGUGCUUCUAAAUUAAAUCAUAUAGAAGCUCGGGGGGUCUUGGGAUUUUGUUAUGAAUUUGGAUUAGGCGUUGAAAAAGAUUUUAAACAAGCAGAGUUGCAUUAUAUCCCGGCUGCAAAGUCCGGAAAUGGCCUGGCUCAGGCUAGGCUCGCGUUUUUAAGAAAAUAUGGUAGGCCUUGUGUUCGCAUUGAUCGAGCUGAGGCCGAGAUGUGGCAACAAAAAGUUAAAGAACAAGGUGAAGCAGCUAUCGCUUGGCUAUUAAACGCAGCUUCUGCAGCGCAAGACCAUGCUCGUGCACAAGACAAGUUAGGGGUAUGCCUUCAACUAGGUAUUGGAUGUGAAAAGGAUGAAAAAACUGCGUUACAUUAUUUCCGCAUGGCUGCUGAGCAAGAUCACCUGGCUGCCAUGUACAACUUGGCUAAUGCAUUGGAAAAAGGAAUUGGUUGUGAGGUUGAUCUCGAAGGUGCUACGAAUUGGUUGGAAAGAGCAGCUAGUUCUGGUUGUAGAAGAAGCUGCGAACGAUUAAAAACAUUAUUAGUGAAAGAAUGUUUGGGACAAGAGACAAGUGGAAAUGUUUAUUUGACCGGAUAUUGCGCGGCAGCUGCAUGA